AUGUUGCUAUUCAACUCAAUUUUAUCCAGAUUGAUUCCAUGGUUAUCGGUGCUUUAUUUAUUGCUAAGUCUUGAUCGAAACAAUAUUGGUAAUGCUCGAUUAGGGUCACUUGAGGCAGAUUUGCAUUUAGUAGGCAAUGAUUAUUAUACUGCCUUGACCAUUUUCUUUGCAGGCUAUGUUAUUUUUCAUAUUCCUUCCAAUAUCAUGGUAAAAAGAAUACCUCCUUCUCGUUGGAUGGCAGGUACGAUGGUACUUUGGGGCAUUUGUUCUCUUUGUCAAGCAUUCACGCAGAAUGCUGCAGGAUUGAUUGCAUGUCGAUUCUUUCUAGGUUGUUUUGAAGUAGGCGUAGGUCCUUCUACGCCUUUGUUUCUUUCGUUUUGGUAUCAACGCGAAGAAUUAGCUACACGCGUAGCCAUCUAUUUUGGCUCUUCUACAGUAGCUGGUGCGUUUGCAGGUGCUAUUGCCUAUGGUGUCUUGGGUCAUUUAGAUGGUGCGCACAAUAUGGCUGGUUGGCGAUGGCUUUUUAUUGUAGAAGCCGUUCCUACUAUUGUGUUGGGUUUCUUGAGUUUUAUUGUAUUACCCAACAUGCCUGAGACUGCAGGUCGUUGGCUUUCAGUCGAGGAAAAGCAAGUAGCUAUUCAAAGAACAAGACAAAGUGGUAAUACAGAUGCAAAGUCAUUUGACAAGAAGCAAUUUGUGGCCGCUUUGAUGGAUUACAAAGUUUGGUUAGCAGUGGUAAUUUAUGUUGGAUUGAAUAUAGCCUUAGCUAGUUUUGCUAUCUUCUUACCCACCAUUAUUCGAGAUAUGGGAUUUAGUUCAUUAGAUGCACAGUUACUUUCGAUUCCUCCUUAUGUGGUUGCCUGUUGCCUUGUAUUCAUUGUUUCCUGGAACUCGGACCGUACAUUACAGCGUGGAUAUCAUAUCAUGGCUGUCUGUGCCCUAGGUGUUCUAGGCUAUAUUUUCUUGUUAGCCAGUACAGAUACAGGUGUACGUUACACAGGUGCUAUUCUUGUUGCUUGUGGUAUCUAUCCCAUUAUUCCCCUUACACUCUCUUGGGUUUCCAAUAACCAACUAGGACAUACGAAGCGAGGGGUGGCUAUUGCCAUGACUUCCAUGAUUGCUCAGUGUUUUAGUAUGUUGGGUACACAAAUCUACAAGGCAGAAGAUGGACCUCGUUAUCUCAAGGGACACUGUGUUUGCCUUGUCUUUUUAUGCUUGGCAGGUUGUUCAGCUGCAUUAUUACGGUUUUUAUUAGCACGUGAGAACACGCAGCGUAACAAACAAGUGGGUGAGACAAAUAAUGAUAUGACUGGCAUAGAUAUUGACGGAGUCUAUGAUCGACAUCCACAAUUUAGAUAUACUUUAUAA